GCGGAUUGAUAUAUUUUUAUUUACGACGGUGCUCCGCCCGCUGUGUGUUGUCUUUGAGAGAUAUUUGAUGAUAAGUGUUACUUAUUUAGCGUGGCAUUGAUGAUAAAAGGAUGAUGGCAUGAUGUCAGAAAGCGUGAACCAGCAGGACGCAGCAAUGAACCUCGCUACUCACAGUGAGGGGAAGGAACUGAGCGUGCCUAAUGGUGACAUACGACAGAAUGGCACAGACAACGGACAUGACACAGCUGUGACGCCACCGUCUCAGGACCCCACUCCCAAUAAGGUGGUCACAGCAGCAGUGGUGGGGGCCGCCAAGAGGAAGCUGAAAUCAUCGUCCGUGGACACGCCCACACGGCAGACGUCGCCACAACACCAGGUGCCAAAUCAAUCCCAGCAGCCUCUGCUCAUGAUGGCUGCCCAACACGGGCUAUCGCCGCAGCAAGUGCAGCAACUACUACAGCAGCAGCUUGUGUCGCCGCAGCAGUUGCAGCAGAUGAUGCAACAACAGCAGAAUCUGAUGGUGCAGCAUCAGCAGCAGCAGCAGCAGAAGUUACAUGACAACGUGUUGCACCAACUGAAUGAGCAGCUACAACUGAACGUCUUGCAACAGUCACAGAUCAUCCAGCAACAGCAACAACAGCAGCAGCAGCAGGAGAAGACGAAGAACAGCAAGCAGACACAGCAGCAACUGCAGCAGCUCGCACUACAGCAACAACAGCUCAUUCAGCAGAUUCAGCAGAUACAGCUACAACAACGGCAGUACCUGCUCGCCUGUCUGGUGCAGCCGUUCGGAGGACUACCUCAGAGUAUGAUGUCUCAUGCCGAGAUCCAGCAGCUGUGGAAGGAGGUGGCCACGCAGUCGGGGCUGGAGGAGAACUCCAUGAAGAACAACCUCAACGGCCUCACCAUCCCCUCGGUCCCCGUCGUAACGGCAGCCGCAACGCAGGCGCCCAUCCUGCCCACCCUACCCAACUUCACCAAUGGCGGGCUGCCCACCGACGGCUUGUUAUUUCCAGGUGGAAUUCCCGCCGCCUCUCCGAUCAGUGUGAGAGCGAACGACAGUGCCAAAUCUUCUCACAGUGACUCGAAGACGAACGGCUUUGACAAACAUAACCCUCUGUACAGACACAAUCUCUGUAAAUGGCCUGGUUGUGACACUCCUUGUGAAGACUAUUCCAUAUUUUUAAAACAUUUAAACUCGGAGCAUGUGCUUGACGACCGCAGCACGGCCCAAGCGCGAGUUCAGCUGCAGGUGGUCAGUCAGCUGGAAAUACAGUUAUCUAGGGAGAAAGAGUUGUUACAGGCGAUGAUGCAACAUUUACAAAUGAAAACAUAUCAAAGUGAACAGCAAUCUGACAGACAUGAAAAGCAACAAUCUCAACAGCAGCAGCAACAACAACAGCAACAACAACAACAACAUCAACAACAACAACCCCAGUUGUCACCACAGCCAAAGGUUGAGCCAAAACCAGAACCAGUUACUCUUAGUACACCUAUUUUAUCAAAGCACCCAGCAUUGUCAAUUCCAUAUACAACAGCUCCUUCCUUACAAGCAAUACCAGUUUCCAUGGUAGCGUCUCCCAUGAUUCCAAUGGCGUCCCCCAUGACCCCCACCUCCCAGCUUCCUCCCGCCUCCUCGUUACAGAGCCCGCCAUCGGCAGGGACAAUCAGACGGCGCGUGUCGGACAAGUGCAAUCUUCCAAUAUCAGCUGGUAAAUUUCACAGUGAGGAAAUCCAAAGAAAUAGAGACUUUUAUAAAAGUACCGAUGUGAGACCUCCUUUUACAUACGCUUCAUUAAUAAGACAGGCUAUCAUUGAAUCACCUCACCGACAGCUGACAUUAAAUGAAAUAUACCAGUGGUUUCAGAAUACAUUUGCAUAUUUCCGUCGCAAUGAGGCCACAUGGAAGAAUGCCGUGCGCCACAACCUUAGUCUUCACAAAUGUUUUAUGCGAGUUGAGAAUGUUAAGGGUGCAGUUUGGACGGUCGACGAGGUAGAAUUCUACAAACGGCGGCCCCAAAAAUUGACCGGGAGUAUGAAGAGUCCGUCUAUGUCGGACCCGUCCUCAUACAACGAGACGCUGAACGCCAGUCUAAGGGUAUGUUUACAACAGUUAAACAGUCCACUGGGUGACAUCUCCCGCGCAGUCGAGGCGGCUCUAGGUGACCACCCUCUGGGAGAGAACAGUUUGGCCCUGCUAAGUGCCCAUCUUGGGGACCAGGAGAGUGCGGAAGACCUGUCUAUGAAAAGUCAUAGCAACAGUCAAGAUGGCUUCCCUACUUGCAAUAGAGAGGAAGACAUGAUGGCGGUGAAACAAGAACCAGAACUAGAGGACCAUGUUGAAUACCUGGAACACGAGGACCCCGACGAUGUUGACGGGAUGAUGCACGACGAUGACGACGAGGAAACUAUGGCGGACGAAGCAAGCGACAUGAUCACUGAGGAGCAGGUGAAUGACUCUGGCCAUGACCAGGGUCAUGAUCGGGGCAUCGAGGAGACAACCAGUGAGCUGCUGGAGGCGGAGGAGCAGGAGUUACUCGCCCUUCAGCAGAUGCAGCAGGAGGCAGCCAUGGUUGCCGUGGCAGCACAUUCCAGUGGAGUCUGAAUCUCAGCCAGCGACAGCAGCGUGUUUCCGCUCUCUAUCUCUCGACCAGGUGUUCAAAUAGCUGUGUUAAAGACCUCUUAGCCGUAGGUUUAAAAUGAGCUAAGGUGUUGUUAAACGAAUAUAUUCCGUUACUUUUUCCUCAACCGGCCAUGCAGUGGUGCAAAAAUCUCUCAACUGCAACUCUGGUCAUGUGGUUGUGUUUUUAUAACCAGGAACAUUUUGUUAAUCGUUUCAAAAAUUGAUUGGUAAAAACGAUUUAACAUUUCAGAAUUUGUGUGUCACAAUAUCAGAAAGGGGCAUAAUUGAUCGUGAUGUUAGGUUGUGGGGGAAGGAGAACUGUUUUUCUGCUGUUUCAUAACUGACACAAUGAAAACUAUUUUACAGUUUUAUGGCAUUUUGCAGAUUCUCACUGGAUAUGUUGUUCAGACAUAUUUAUGAAGAUUUUGUUCCUCCAGAACAGUGAAAAAUAGCUUUAUUUUAUUCAAGACUUUUUGAAUUUUGGAUGCCAAGACGUUGUUUACAUUCACAAGAAAUGAUUUAGAAUUCAUUCUAUGACUUAUGCAUGGGGCCACAAACUUCAUGAGUGUUAGUGUGCUAUAGAGAGUCUGUCUCGUUUAUACUAGUGCAUCAUGGGAACAAUUCCAGGUGCCAUGUUGUUUGUGUAUUUGCGUUAGAAUGAAUGAAAGACUUGUAAAAAGUUUUUGGUACAAGACUUUAAUUGUGCUAUUAUUAUUAUGAAAUGUUUUACUUUUGUCCAGACACAGUUCUCUGAUGUUUUGUUAUAAAUAUAUAAACAUAUGAAAAUAAUCAGGAAUGGUUAGGAAGGAUGAAACCAAAUAACCUUUGAAACUCUGGACUAUAGAUUUGUUAUUUUAAUGGCAAAUCCAGGGACCCGUUAUUUUGUGGAGGGGUCUUUUUUACGAUCUCGGUGGUGUGUCUCAUUUUGUAUGCUUGACCGUUCAAUAAUGUAUAAUAGAAAUUUUAUAACAGAUGAAUGCUAAAAAAAAACAAAUCAAAAUUAGUGUAAUUGUUUUUAGUGUACUAGUGCAAGGUGCUGAAACAAAGUUGAUGACAAAAGGUUUUUCUUGAUGUAAAAAACCUAUAAAUAUGUACUUAUAGUAGUUGAAGACCUUGUAUGCACCUGCGGUUUUUUGUGUGUGCGUGUGUGUGUAUUCUACCUAGCUAUAAUUACAAUAUUGCAGUGAGAUGUGUGCAAUAAAUUGUUUUACCAAAUGGGCACAAUAUUUUUGAUCUCAGAGUUAAAAGCAAAUUUUAAUAUUUUGACAGACAGUGUGCUAACACAAUGUCCCAUUUAAUAAUUUUUACUGCUUUUGUAGAAAUCUAUGAAUCCCCUAAGGGUACAUGCUAGGAUAAAAAAAAGAAGGAAGAAGGAAAUGUGUACAAAUUAAUUACUCCUUUAUAGUCAUAGAUUAUUGUGCAUGAAUAAUUAAGCUGUGUAUACUGACUACUGAAAACAAGUCACUCUAGACAGAAAUUCGUCAUCACUGUUUUUUCGUUAGUUGACAUAACAUAUAGUUGAACUAGUUUGGAGUAUUCUACUUGUUUGUUUAAAUUAAAUAUUUAGCAAGUCAACAGUCAGUGUUCAUAAUUUAAUUAUCCAUGUUCUGGAUACAAUUUUAUUAUUCAUAAUUAGGGCAUGAUUUACUUAUAUAUUUUCUCAGCAUGAUUGAAUUGUCCAUGUUCUGAGCAUUAUUUAUCUAUCCAUGUUCUAAACACAAUUUAAUUAUGCAUGUUCAUGCAGGCCCAUUUUCACCAGCUAUUAUAGUUACUCUAUAAAAUAAAAUGUUUUGACCUGGUUAUGUAGGCCAAAGAGCUGUGUACUAUAAAAAAGAGUCUCUCUUUGUCCGAAACAUUCAGAACACAUUGCUCAUGAAUGAAUUGUAUGCGCACAUGGGUUAAAUAAUUCAUGAUGAUGAUUUGCUUAUGCAUGAGCAAGGAAUACUUGUUUUUAAUAUGUCCUCUUAGGGGAUCUGUAGUGACCCAGUGUCUCGAAGAAAUAUUUAUUAUGUGUACAGAUAACAAAUUAUAUUAUUUAGCAUUUGACAAGGUAGUUUGUGACCAUUCCCGUGUUUUUGAAGACAACUAUAAAAUGCAUUUUGUAUCAUCAAAGAAUUAUAUUGUUUCAUUUGCUGACAGUGCUUGCAAACCAAGAAGCUUGGAUAUUUUUAGCAAGAAUGUUAACAUAUGCUAAGUCUUUACUCCUAUAUACUGAAAAGGAUUGAUUUUUUUAUUCCAAAAGAAAGGUGUAUGCUAUUUUCCAACCAGUUAUUUUGUUAAAUAUGGCACAGUUAUAAAAUACAUGGUGAGCUACAAGAAGCUGCCAACUAGUAAGUUAUGGCAGCUUGUCUUUUAGCUUUUUCUUUGUUGGUGUCCACAAAUAUGGAAGUCAAUGAUUUAUUCGAUUGCUAAGGCCAAAUAUGAAGAGUCUGAUGAUCUUUGUUCAACCUUUUUUUCUUUGACUAAGAUGUUUGUAUUCUUCUUAGCAAAAUCAUGCAUCCAUAUUGGUCAAACCUUGCUCAUGGUCAACAAAUAAUUAACUAAUUAAAGCAAAUAUAAACCCCGCCCUAAAUGUGAAUCUUACUAUAUAGUAUAAGAACUAACUGGGGAGGAAAAGGUAUUUCAAGGUAUGUAAGCAAUUAAAUUAAAUUUGACAAAUUUUAUAUGUUAAUUUAAAACUGCAAUAAGAUUUUAUAAAUAUCGGUAUGAAAUAUACACAGAAACAUUCCAUAUUGAAAACAACACUGAUAUUUCCAUACUCAAGUUCUUUGAACAAGCAUAUUAGUUUUAACUUUUACUUAUUUUAAUAGCUUAAACUGGAAACAAGCUCAGAAACAGACCUAAACAGUUGAUUUUAUUUUUAAGAUUAAAGAUUAAAAUACCGUACUCCUGUGAAAAUGUAAACAGAAAAGUGUUUUUAAUAUUGCUGUAUAACACUGAAAAAUUACUUGUUUAAAAUUACUUUGUGAUCAUUUCUCGGAUAACUAGCUGGAAUAUAGUACAUACGUUUUUUAAAUUUAAUAAAAAUAGAUGCAUCAUGUUGCUUUCUAAUACAGGAAAGGCCUAUUGUGUUCAUAUUUGUUUUUGCAAAAAUCAAAAUGAAUUGAAAACUUGUUUUACAUGUAAAUCCAUAAAAUGGAGCUUUUUCAUUACAAAAUACUAUUGUUUGAGAGCAAUACAUGUUUCUCUGUAGUUGACCUAUACGUCAACACGUGGUGUAAUGGAAUGGUUACUUUUCAUUUAACUUAUUGCUUUCUUGAGCAUACCCUGAAAGGGUAAUUAUUGUUAGUGAGAUGUUUUUCUUCUUUAAUGGUUAAUGCAAUUCCAACUGAAUUAUGAGAAAAGUAACCUACAGCUUUGUUAGCGAUGUACGCCAAGUUAAAUGUUUUUACGAUAUUGCAGUUUUCAUUGUUAAACAGUUUGAUUUAGUAUUGAUAUGGUAAACCUAUGGUUCGAAAAGACAAAUAAAAGGUUUCAAAAUAAAAAUCGAAUUGUAAAUACUAAAACAAUCCCCCCCCCUAAUCUCCCCCCAUCCAUGCUUCCUUAUUGUGAACUUGAAGGAAAUAUAUCAGUUUUAUGUUCCAGUUUUAUUGGCAGGAAUAAUUCUGCAGUUUUAUAUUUUGAAACCUUUAUAUUUGAGGUGAUAUUUUUUGUACUGAUUUUAUAAAGCAAUAUUACAACAUCUCCAUCAGUAAAAGAAAGGAAAGUGGGAGUUUUCUUCUUAUAGCUAAAUUUACAUUUAUACAUCAGUAAACAAUAUUACAGAUUGUUUUCUGUUACAUGGAGUUGUGAAUUACAUAUCAAACAAUUUAGAGAAAAAGUCUUUGGAGUGAAAGAGAUAACCUGCUUCUGGUGCCGUGUUCAUGGAGGAAGUAAAACUCACAAUCUAAGUUUCAAGGAUCAUUAACAGUACAAAUACAAAACAUAUACCACUAUCUAAAUACUCCCACAAUAUCAAAACACUAACUCAAUCAUAUGUGCAUUAGACUUUAUACAUUUGGUGCCAAAAACCUUUGAACCAUUUCUUUUAGCAGUUUGCAUGAAAUAGUGUGGGGAAUUACACAGACGUUUUAAGUAUACAGCUCAAGUGUUACCAGGUCUAAACUGAAACGUUCUGUUUAACAUGCACACUGCAGAAUAUCUAUGUUAAGAAUAAAAAUUCUGUUGGGA